AUGGAUAGUAUUAAGAAGCAAAUCCCUGACAGGGCAACAAGUGACCCGUGCCUGCACGUGUCUUUUCAGGCCGAAAGUGGCCCCGGCAUGCAUAAUCAUCCUGGGUGGGCGGCGGAGCGUUGCGGCGGCGGCCAGAAUCCAACCAACAAUUGGAUUAUUAUUCAUUCUCCAUUGGUAGAAUUAUUCCAGCCAACAGAUACUUGCUUGGUCAAGGGAUUUAAUCCUGGUUUGAUGGAACAGGAUCUGGCCUUCGUUAACAAAUCUGUUACGAUGAGACUUGCAAUGACCCAUCUAGGAAGCUCAUCAGCAUCUGCCGCGGUUCUUCCGUGGGUUGUCGGCAUGUCCGGACAGGGCUCUAUGUGGGCUGGCCUGUGGAUUCGGGCGUCAGAACUUGAGUGGGUGACCCGUGAACUUGGGUAA